UGACACUUGCUGGUUAUAAAAGCUGCUGCUGUCUUGGGAGACACCAGAUCAGAAGAGAGACAGAGCUGAAUAGACAACAUCAAUCAGGUGCGAUGGAAAACAAAAGAGAGCAGCGUAGCAUGGCUGGAUCUUCAGGAGCACAGCUGAGAUUCCCUGCUAGCAAAGUAGAACGCCUUCUUCAAGAAAGAAACCGCUCCAAGCACCUGGACUCUUCUGCACCUGUUUUUCUUGCGGGUGUGCUCGAAUAUGUGACAUCCAGAAUUCUUGACCUGGCCAUCAAAGAGGCCCACACCAGCGGCAAGAAACUCAUUGCCUCAAAGCAUGUAACCAAGGCAGUUCAGAACAACAAGGAACUCUGCCAACUCUUCAAAGAUAACCAACGUUAGAUGGAUGAGACGACAGGACCCAAUGAGACAGCAAGAUCGGAAGAGAAGUGAUGAUACUUGCAUCUCAGAGGUUGAAAGUCCAUCUUAAAGAGUGUCAGAUCAACCUCAAUGACUCCCUUAUUGGUUGAGGGGGUGUUUAAUCAGGCAUUUUAAUAAAAUGUCUAAAGCAUUACUAGUGA